AUGCAUGUCUGGGACGCCGUGAAGGCGGACAAUCGCUGGAGCACGACAGACUGGACGGUGAAAGUGGAUCCGGACGCGGUGCUCAUCCCCUUCAGGCUCCGCCAGCACUUGAAGGACCAUACAGGUGAGAAGGCCUACAUCGUGAACUGCAACAAGCCGUUGCUGCCCGAAGGACCCAUGAUGUUCGGGGCGCUGGAGGCGUUUAGCCAGUCUGCCCUGGGCGAGUAUUUCGCCAGGGAGCAGGAGUGCAUCGGCGGCAUGUACUGGAAGGACUGGGGCGAAGAUUGGUACAUGGGCCACUGCCUUGACUACCUGGGCGUGCAGUCGAUUCACGACUACGAUAUCUACAGUGACGGUGUGUGCACUGGCGUGGAUUGCAGCAAUCCGGUUGCGGCAGCGUUCCAUCCAAAGAAGGACAUCGGCAGCUGGAGCGCCUGCUACGAGGAGGCGCUGGCCGCAGGAAACACCAAGCAGGAAGCAGAGGCCAAGGCCGCCGCGGAGAAGGCCGCCGCGGAGGCGGAGGACCCGAGGGCGGCGAUGGUGGCGAGGAGGGCGGCGAGGGCGGCGAGGGCGGCGGCGAUGGCGGCGAGGAUGGCGGCGAGGGUGGCGGCGAGGGCGGCGGCGAGGGCGAGGGCGGCGAGGGCGGCGGCGAGGGCGAGGGCGGCGGCGAGGGCGAGGGCGACGAGAGCAACUGAUGGCCGCGGGGAAGGCGCAGGGGGCCAGCGGGGACCUGCCGGCACUGGCCGUCCCCGCCCCAGCCGCUGGGAAUUUACCAGCGGACCGGCCAGGCGGAUGCGCCGUGCGAAUUUGUGCAUUUCGAGCGAAGGCGGCUACGUAGCUCUCGAAGGCGGCUACGUGGUUAAUUAUCGCCGUCGCGCUGCACGCGGGGAUUCUACGUGGCCGAGGUUGGGCAUUGGGAUGGGGAGGCGGACGGAGGGUGAAGGAUGA